AUGGGCUCAGGGUUCAUGGAGUUUGAGGCAGAGGAGAUGCAGAUUCAGCAGGUGCAGUGGAUGCAGAGGGUGCAGGGCCUGCCUCCUCCAGCCCCACCAAAGCCAGAACCUCGGGGACCCAGCCCAAAAAGUGGGCCCUCAGUCAGGUUCAUGGAGUUUGAGGCAGAGGAGAUGCAGAUUCAGCAGGUGCAGUGGAUGCAGAGGGUGCAGGGCCUGCCUCCUCCAGCCCCACCAAAGCCAGAACCUCAGGGGACCCAGCCCAAAAAGUGGGCCCUCAGUCAGGGGGUUACUGGUCUUUCAGCCUCAACAGCCAUCGACGGGUCUCAGCUGUCCUUUGUCACCCUGGGGAAGCUACACAGAUCCCAGUGUCCCUGGGAGGCCAUGGCACCUAAGAAGAAUCCCCCUGAGGCUGUGAAAGAGCAUGUGGACAUCAUGGAGGAGCUGGUGGGGCCUGUCCCCUCAGCCACUGGGGAGGAAGAUGCAGAAUUCCAAGAGGACAGGAAUGAACUGAAGCAGGAAGAGAACGGGACCUACACGGACCCACGUCUCCUGAGCUACACUGACAAGCUGUGCUCCCAGGAAGCCUGCAUCACCAAGGUGGAGGCAGUCAUACACCCUCGAUUCCUGGCAGACUUGCUUUCCCCAGAACCACAGCUGGACCUCCUGGCCCUAGCUGAGGAGCUGGAACAGGAGGCAGGACUCACCCUUGAACAGCUGGUGCAGAAAGGACUCCUGGCCCUGAAGGAGGAGUUGGGUGUGCGGGCACACACCAGUCACAGUGUAACCCAUUAG